AUGAAUAAACUACACAAAUCGGAUAUUGAUAUCAAAGAAUUUUCUAACACACCUCAAGCUGAGAUAUCCUCCAAUGCAUUCACAGAUAUCCUUGUAUUUGAUAUACCUAAAAUUGUUAUAUCUCCUAAACCAGAAAAAAAGAUAACAGAACUAUUAACUACUAAUCAUAUCAAAAAAAGUAAAGAGAAGCAAAGCUUCGAUGUUCCAUAUCAUAUAUCACUUACUCCUAUCACUAACACAUCCCAAGACUUUUUUGAUUCUAUGUCAAAUGAAAGUUCAGUUGCUUUAUUAUCUAAGUCUAUUGAUAUAUUCAUGACUCCAGAGAUCGAACACAUAGAACCAUUAGACAUUAAAUCUAAAUCUUCUGAAAUCUCUUCUAACUUACCUAUGAACAAUGCUAUAAACAAUGAACCAAAAACUACUAUUGAGCUUGAUGAGGAUCCAGAUAAGUUUGUUACUAUUACUGAAAAAGAUAAACUUGAUUCUAUAGUAUUUCAUAAUAGAAUGCAGACUGAUGUGAGAAUGUGUGAUUAUGCAAAGGAGGCUGAAGAAGACCCUAAAGAAUAUAUAGACAUAACAGACCAAAAUUUUGACAUCUUAGAAAAAGUUCUUAACUUAUCCACAGGUCAUUGGAUUAAAAAGAAUGGAAAGUUAUUCCAAAAAUUGUUAUGUAAAGGUUAUAAAUAUACUAAAGACCUUUCACAUUAUUUAAAUGAUGUUUCGCUAAUAGAUCUAGAUGAAUAUGGUACAAUCUAUCCCUUAGCUGACUUCUUUUAUUCUGCUUUGAUCCCAUCUCUUUCUACUUUAGCAAAAAUGAGAGAUAUGUGUAAAAGAUAUUCCAUUUCUGUAGAUGAAGAACUUAGAAGAAUUCAAAAUAUCAAUACUAUUAAAAUCCCUAAUAUGCAAGAUCUUGCAGAUGUAAUUAUGAUGUUGAGUAUAAGACCUACUGAAGUUGUGACUUUUCAUAUUAUCUAUUAUAAACUCAGUGAAUCGAAUCCUCCUGAAUGCCAAAAGAUUAAGAAAAUUAAAGAUAAACAUGCUUCUAGAGUUUAUAAUAAUCAAAAUCCAACUUCGCAAUAUCUCAAAUUCCUUAGCAGAGUUGCAAUAAGACAUAAGAUAGAUCAUCAUAAUUCUGAAAUACAUUAUACCAAGAGUAAUACUUCUGAUUCUGAUCUUGAUGCAGAUCCUGAACCUAAACCCGAAGCCCUAGCUUCUACAUUUAAGACAAUUAAUAAGAAUACUUCUAAAAUUGAGAAUAUUUAUGACUUAUAUGAGAUAAAAGCAUUAAUUGAUAUAACAUCUAAAUCCAAUACUAUUAGCAAGUACUCGUAUAAUAAGCUUGAAGAAGAUUAUGAGUUAGAAGAUGGUACUGAAGUAAUAGAUUUUCAAAUUUGCAAAAAUCCAUCAUUUGAUUUGUCUAGUGAAACUUCUGUUCUUGCAGAAAUAUUAAGUGAUGACUUUGGAUUAGAAUCACCAGAUAAAUCUGAUAAAAGACAGAAGUCAACUACUAAAGAGGAUGAAUCUUCUACAGUAAAAAAACUUAUCAAAGUAUUAAAAGAUGAUAAAAUAGUUAAAACUGAAGCUAAUAAUGAUAUUGCAAGUCAAAAGCUUUUAAACUGCUGCUUUCAUUUUGGUAAAAAAUUAUCUGAUCACUUGAAUUAUUAUAAAAAUGAAAAAAAAUAUCAAGAUCAUAAGGCUCAAAGUAAAGUAGAUAAAGAAGUAAAAGACCAACUACCUAAAGAGGUUAAUGAUACUACACGUUGGAAACAAACAGAAAGAGCUAAAAAAAUAUAA